AUGGAGAAUCAGGUGCUGACGCCUCACGUCUACUGGGCUCAGCGACACCGCGAGCUGUAUCUGCGCGUGGAGCUGAGUGACGUACAGAAUCCUGCCAUCAGCAUCACUGAAAAUGUGCUGCAUUUCAAAGCUCAGGGACAUGGUGCCAAAGGAGACAAUGUCUAUGAAUUUCACUUGGAGUUCUUAGACCCUGUGAAACCAGAGCCGGUUUACAAACUGACCCAAAGGCAGGUAAACAUUACAGUACAGAAGAAAGUAAGUCACUGGUGGGAGAGACUCACCAAGCAGGAGAAGCGCCCACUGUUUUUGGCCCCCGACUUUGAUCGCUGGCUGGAUGAGUCUGAUGCGGAAAUGGAGCUCAGAGCCAAGGAAGAAGAACGCCUAAAUAAACUAAGAAUUGAAAGCCAAGGGUCCCCUGAAACUCUUACAAGCUUGAAGAAAGGAUACCUGUUCAUGUAUAAUCUUGUGCAGUUCUUGGGAUUCUCCUGGAUCUUUGUCAACAUGACUGUGAGGUUCUUUAUUUUGGGAAAAGAGUCCUUCUAUGACACGUUCCACACCUUGGCCGACAUGAUGUAUUUCUGCCAGAUGCUGUCAGUUGUGGAAACUAUCAAUGCAGCAAUUGGAGUCAUUAAGUCACCAGUGAUACCUUGUCUUAUCCAGCUUCUUGGAAGAAAUUUCAUUUUGUUUAUCAUCUUUGGCACCAUGGAAGAAAUGCAAAACAAAGCUGUGGUUUUCUUUGUGUUUUAUACAUGGAGCGCAGUUGAAAUCUUCAGGUACCCCUUCUACAUGCUUUCCUGCAUUGACAUGGAUUGGAAGGUGCUCACAUGGCUUCGUUACACUGUGUGGAUACCCUUGUAUCCUCUGGGAUGUUUGGCAGAAGCUGUCUCAGUGAUCCAGUCCAUUCCAGUAUUCAAUGAAACAGGAAGAUUCAGUUUCACAUUGCCAUAUCCAGUGAAAAUCAAAGUUAGAUUUUCCUUUUUUCUUCAGAUUUAUCUCAUAAUAUUAUUUUUAGGGUUGUACAUAAAUUUUCGUCACCUUUAUAAACAGCGCAGGCGGCGCUAUGGACAAAAAAAGAAAAAGGUCCACUGA